AUGGGUAACGAGUCGCCCACUCCAAACCAGCUUUUCACAGAAGCCAUAGUCUUCUGGUCUAUAGGGCUUGUUAUUUAUGUCGGGAGAGUUGUGGCUCGCAUAAUUGCCAAUGGGUCAUAUAAACGGUUGUUUGUGGACGACUAUGUGAUGGCAGCAACAUUUGCAAUAUAUACCACACUGCUAGUACUGAUUCAAAUAUCGGCCCGCUACGCAACGAACCUCAUGGACCCUAAAGACUACGACAUGGUGCUAGCAGACCCAAAGCAAGUCAGCGAUCGGAUUUAUGGAAGCAAGAUUGUCAUUGGGCUGGAGCAAUGCAUGUUGAUCUCAACCUGGGGCGUCAAGACAUGCAUGUUGAUGCUCUAUUGGCGAAUCACGCAGAAUCUGAAAUCGAACCUCUAUAUCAAGAUCCUUGCCGUCUACGUUGCCGUCGGAUUUGUCGUCAUAAUGGUCACAUAUUAUGCAGUUUACUGCCGGCCGUUCUCACAAUACUGGGCCAUGCCGGUGGAUAACAUGCAGUGUGCGACAUACCAGUACUACUCGAUAACCCAAGCCGUCUUCAAUAUUUCCUCUGAUGCCGUCAUGUUCGCCAUUCCGAUUCCCCUCCUUAUCAAAGCUCAACUCAAACGGCGCAGAAAGGUUGUCCUCAUCGGCGUCAUGAGUCUGGGCCUGUUCACUAUCAUUGCUGCCAUUCUAAACAAAUAUUUCAAUUUUGCCUCUCCUCUCACCACAACGUACCAAAUCUGGUACAUCCGUGAAUCUAGCACGGCAAUAUAUGUCGCUAACCUCAUGUGCUGGUGGCCACUCCUGCGCAAGUUGUUUGGUGUCAAGGCAUUCCAGUACAACAGCAACCGAGCCCAGAAACAUGGGAAGCCCGACAACCAGAACAAUGAUAGUAGCGGCUCCUACUCCAACAACUCACACUCUCAUCCUUCAUCCAAUUUCUCUCGCUCAUGGAAGUUACCUUUUCAUCGAGGAAAUAAAAACACAACGCCCGGCAAGUACAGCGGUGCCAAGGGCCCGAGUACCGAACCCAUCAACAGGUCCAAUGCCGAGUUUAUAAACGAUAUGCAUCGUGUCGAAGCUGUCCCCCUCGAGAACUGGACGACAAAGCAUACUCGAACUGACACCUCGAUAACCCAAGACUCACGCAACUCGCUCGAGAAACAAUGUGAUGUUGAAUUGUACCAGAAGCAGCAUGCACGCUCGCUUUGUUAA